ACCUUAACCCAACCAUAGUUAACCACCAACCCCACUUCCCCCAACAUCUCUCUGUCUCUUUCCCAUUUCCUUCCUUAUUUAUAUCUCUUCCCAACCUACAUUUGCAUUCUCUGAUCUCUUCUCCCUCUAUUCUUCAUAAUUGCUGUUCGUGUUGAUGUGAGGCUGAUUUCACAACAAACUGUUGUUUCAAACACAAACAUAGUCGCUGUUGGGUUCGUUUGUUUGUAGCAAAAUAGGCAUGAGUUGCAACGGUUGCCGAGUUCUUCGAAAGGGAUGUAGCGAAUCCUGUGUGUUGCGUCCUUGUUUGCAGUGGAUCGAAACCUCCGAAGCUCAAGGCCAUGCCACCGUCUUCGUUGCCAAAUUCUUUGGCCGCGCUGACCUCAUGUCCUUCAUUUCCAACGUUCCAGAAAAUCAAAGACCUGCUCUGUUUCAGUCCUUGCUGUUCGAAGCAUGCGGGAGAACGGUCAACCCCGUCAACGGUGCCGUGGGCCUUCUCUGGACCGGAAACUGGCACGUCUGCCAGGCGGCCGUCGAGACCGUGCUCCGCGGGGGUACGCUCAGACCCAUGCCGGAGCUCAUGGGACUCGCCUCUCCCGCUGCCGACGAGACAUCGGAAGUUGCAUGCUCCGACAUUUGGAGAAUCCGAGACCCGAACCCGACUUGUGGCUUCACGAACACCAGAUCCCAUACCAGAGUCUCCUCCGCCAGCAAACGCAAGCGGUUGGAGGAGCCAGCGAAGCUUCAAGCGGCGCCGAAUCUCGAUCUCCGACUGACGCCGAUUUUCCUGCAGAAGAAGGUUGAAAACCGGCGGCCGGUGUCGCCCUCGAUGACCUCCGAGGAGUCAGGCACCACGACGGCGUGCUUGGAGAGCAAAUUCGGGGAUCAGUGGGGUCACAGUGGAGACCGGAAAGUUCUCAACCUUUUCAUUUGAGGACUCUCCCCAUCUCUCUCUGUGAGGAGCUUUGUGUUUUUCUGAAUCUAAUUAACGAGUUUGUUGUAUGAUGUAAUAGUCCUCGAAGGGUUCUUCCCGGUAUUUAAGUCCGGCGAGUUUUGGUGAGACACCGGCACAGGAUUUCUUUGGAGAGAAAAAUGAGGGUUCGUCGGUGAUCCCUUCUUUGUUUUUGUUUGCUUUUUUUUAAUCCCUGCCAAACAUGGAAUAUGUAAACAGUCCUCUGAUCGUGGGACACGAAUAUUAGUAAUAUUAAAUAUGAAUAAAUGAGUACAUAUAGUGGAAUACAUCUUUUGCUUUU